AUGGGCAUCCAAUGCCUGUGCCUGUGCCUGUCGCCCGCGCUGUCUCCUCACACCAUCUUAUUCUCGACUGGCCUCGUCCCGACUCCGACCCCUCUUGCGGCUUGCGGCUUGCCUUCUCUGCUCAAGCUCAGAGCAGACGACGACGGAUAUACUCCGUACCCCGACCACCCCCUGGCCCCUCCGUCCUGCGCGCACGCGUGGAAACAGCCUGUUAGUGUUGGGGCCGAGAAACGGGAAGACGAGUCCCCUUCAUCCAAGCAAGCAUCCAGCAUCCAAGCAAUCCCAGGUCCAGGUCCUGCUCCCAGCACCAAGUACCCGCGCACCCAAGCACCCGUCGCGCGAAAAUUGUGCAGAUCUGGCUGGGCCGCUGGCUUGCUCGAUUCUCCCUCUUCGCGCGCCGCUCCCUACCUUGCCUUAGUGCAGGCCUUCCUUCUCGGCCGACAUCACAACACCCACCCGAACAACGUCGUCUGCCACUUUGCGCGCAAGACAAUCUGUGCUUUGCUCUGCACUGCACACUGA